AUGAUAUCUGAUACAAGCGACGUCCUAGAUUUCUCCGAUACAGAAUUGUCAACACUGGAUGAAAGUGAAGCUGAAUUUGAAUCGUCCUCAACCCCAGAUUAUGCCCAGGACUACAUAGACUUCACAUAUUCGAACCCUACCACGUUUCAUGUGAUUGAAUACUUCAAAAAGAAACUCAUAGCGAACGGCUUCACUUAUAUCAAAGAAGGUGAACCCUUGACUGAAGGAACGAGCGGGCUCUUCUUCUCUAUUCGGUCAAACUUAUCGCUUGUAGCCUUUGUUAAGGGGAAGAAAUGGACCUAUCAGAAAGGUGUAGGUGUUGUUGCAGGCCAUGUGGACUCAUUGGCCAUAAAGCUUAAACCUGUGUCUCUUCACAAGAGCAUAGAUGGUUAUGAGAUGCUUGGAGUAGCACCUUAUUCAGGAAGUAUGAAUAAGCUUUGGCUCGAUAGAGACUUUGGAAUUGGUGGUGCAGUUUAUUACAAAUCGGGUGAAGAUAUCAAAAUGAAGACCAUUGACUCUACUCCACAUCCAAUAGCGAAGAUUCCUAAGUUAGCUGAGCAUUUCGGGUUAGACGAUAAAUUGGCCAACUACAAUGAAGAAACCCAAAUGGCUCCAAUAAUUGGUUACUCUAAUGGACAUUCUAUGGAAAAGCCAACGCCAGAAGAAGGCAAAAGCCCAUUGGUUGAUAAGCAUCCCAUCAAGUUACUUCGGUAUUUGGCUAAAUUGGCUAACAAACCAUUGGCAGACAUUGUGGGACUUGAUCUUGAAUUGUACGACGUUCAAAAGGGUCACAUUGGUGGAUUAAACAAUGAAUUCAUAUUUGCACCCCGUAUUGAUGAUCGUUUAUGUUCAUAUCUGGCCAUAUUAGGACUCAUUAGGUUUGCUAAGAGUUUUAGUGAUGAAGAUUUGGAGUCUUAUGAUGGCUUCAACAUUGCCUAUUUGGUGAAUAAUGAGGAGAUUGGAAGUCUUACCAGAACUGGUGCCCAUGGAAAGUUUUUGAAUAGUGUAAUUGCUAAGGUUACCCAGGCCAAUGAAAGUGAAUUAAACUUAAUCUUUGCUAAUUCAAUCAUUCUCUCCGCUGAUGUGACCCAUGCAUUCAACCCCAACUUUAAAGAGUGCUAUUUAGAUAAGAACUUCCCUAUUCCCAAUGUUGGACUUACCUUGAAGGUCGACAGCAACCAGCACGUGAUGACAGACACAGUAGGAAUUGUUGUAAUGGAACAAGUAGCUGCUAAAAAUGAUUUGGUCUUACAAAGGUUUCACAUUAGAAAUGACUCCAGAAGUGGUGGAACCAUUGGUCCAAUUAUGGCAACUAACACUGGAGCACGAGUAGUAGACGUUGGGUUACCGCAACUAUCGAUGCAUUCAAUUAGAGCCAUGUGCGGCUCAAAGGAAGUGGCAUUGGGUAUAGCGACCUUCAGUGCUUUUUAUAAAGACUGGCGACAAGCUUACAAUAGUGUGGAAGACCUUUAA